GAAUGGACGUGCUUCAGUCAAACUUACUCCAUGCAGCCUGUCCCGUUGCAAAGCACGGACACACACACUCGCUACUGCGCACCGGCGCACACACACGAAGCCAAACGCCGUUUUGGCGUAUGCGUGUUUGUCCGAGCUGCCACACAUGCAGAUCUAUGGCACAGAUGCCUGGCUUGCUUGUCUGCCUGUUUGUCUCCUGAGAAGGCAAAAAACGCCCCCAACCAUCACCACCAUGACUAGAAAAGCAUGCAUCAAAGCGCUUCGCGUCCACACGCCCCACCCUACCCGGCGCUCAGCGCUCAUCUCUCAUCUCAUCAUUCAGUCGCCGGCGAUGAUGCCGUUGUCGUGCAUAUGAUGGCGCACCAGAGCCAUCCGCGGCAUGUCCCCCUCCUGCACCAUCUUCCUCAGGUAGGCGUUGCGCCACCCCACCCACAUGAAGCCGCACGACGAGCACAGCGACAGCAGCAGCAGCACGCCGCAGAGAGCCUGCCAGAUCUCCAGGCUCCACCCGAAGAGCCCCAGCCCCUCGCGGGUGCCGAUGAUCUGCUGGGGCGGCGGGGCGUUGCGGGCGAGAGGGAUGAGGAUCUUGGCCAGCCGUGCGCCGCCCAGCACCAUUCUUUCGAGAGACGUGUGCUGCGCUUGGGCCACGUAGGCGUCAGAGGGAUAGUAGGGCUGCCGCUUCUCGAGAGUGCUGAAGUCAAAUUCUGAGGAACAGACAGACAGACAGACAGCCUGAGGGGCCGUAGAGUACAGGCACACCAUACACACCUGAGUAGACGAAUUUGGCGCAUAUCUUGUACGACUCGUCCAGCACCUCUCGGAAGCCGACCUUAUCAGCAUGCUUCGACUUCCACAGCUCAGGAAACAUCGCCAAGAGACGAACGGCCUGCCACCGAAACAUGACACGUGGCGACGUUCCUCAUGUGUGUGUGUGUCGGUGUGGUGUCUGACCUCAUCUUCCAUGUCAGACGGACCAAGCGUCGGCCAAUUGCCCUCGAGCGCCCCGCCGCCCAAAUCCCAGAAGAGGUGCAGCUCGCCAACGUGCUCAUGGCCAGCCGUGUGGUUCAAGAUCACAGGUAUCUGAUCGUCGCACAGAUCCUAGGGUGGAUGGAGGGCGUGUGGGGGUCGGUGACUGUGUACUUCGUUGCCGCCCGCGUCGCCAUGAGGGUACGGCUUGGCAAACAUCGUGCAGCUGUGGAGCGGCUGGUGGAUGUCGCCAUACACGUGGAGCAGCAACCUGCACACACAGAGGCAGAGGCACGGCGUCCAUCCAUCCAUCGAAGCGUCAGUCCUGUGACCUGAGAAAGAGGUUCCAUGAGAGCGCCGUGCCCUCGUUCUGCUUUUUGCCGAAGUUGAUCAUGGUGUGGUUGGCCCUCUCUAGCAGCCACAGGGCGUCAUGGGUGCCACGUCGGAAGUGCGGGAUCGGCAGAUCCUGCGGAUUGUAAGGCUUAUCUGAGUAAUGCCAUUCGUUGAACACCUGCACACACACAAUAACGACACACAAAGCGACACACAGAUCCCUCCCUCCCACCCUCCCUCGUUGUGUGCGCACCUCAAUAGCAUCAUAUCUCAGUAGGCCUCGGCACCAGGGCCGCCCCUGCUCACACUUGAUGUGGUCGGCCCACACAGGGGCGGUGGUCAGUCGGCUCAAGCCAGGGUACUGCUCCUCCCACACGUACAGCACCUUCUCGAGGGCCUUGACCAGCGAACUGCCUCCAUGGCUUUUGAGCAGGAUGUGCCGCGCGAUGGCCCCGAUGAGCAUGUGCCCCUGCAAACACGCACAUGCAAGAGAGGAAGAGAAUGAAAGCAUUCCAUGAGGGUCAGGCUGAGCGGCCUUGCGUACCUCAUCGCCCCACGCCAUGGCGGCAUCAAUUAGCAGCACCGACACCAAAAGCAGCGGAAGCACACCCAUCUUGAAAGGAUGGCGCCUUCAAGCGGAGGAAGAUCUGCUCUCUCCC